UUUAUGUUACUACCUAAAUUAACUUUUUUGUCAUACUUUUGGUAUUCUCUCCGCUGCUGAGUUGCUUUCAUUUGCUCACACCAGAUCUGCUCUGAUUUGAUCCACACACAGCUAAACUCUAUCGUUGUGCACAAUGCCAUUUCCCCUUUUGCUUAUUCGAUCUGGGAUGUCGAUUUGCUAAAAGUUUUUUGUUGGUGGGCUCUGAUUUGCUUCUUGGACCUGCUACACCAGGUCAAUAUUUGGUUUUAAGGUUUCGUUCUGGUUGAGGGCACAACAACAACUACACUACCUUUUCAUUCUUCAGGUUGUUUUGUCGAGAAAAAUUUGAUCUUUUUCAAUGGGCACGGAUGAAAGUGACAGCAUGGUUCAAGGUUCAUCUCCUAUGGCAGAAAGUGACAGCAUGGUUCAAGGUUCAGAGCAGGAGAAGGAGGUUAGGGAAGUUCUUGGGGGUUUGAGAAGUGAAGAGGGUAGUUGUGGGGUUACUGUGAAUGGGGGAGGGUUUUCUAGCAGUGAAAACCAAGGGUUGCAUGAUGAUGGUGUCAUUGACGUUGUCGUCAAGAAUAGUAGUGUCUUGGAGACCAAGGUUUCAGUUCUGAGAGAGAAUGAUUGUCAAGUUUUGGCUGAUUCUGAGGUGAAUAGGGUGUCCUCUUGGUUAGGAAUGCAAGAAAGUGAUAUGGAUGCGGUGUUUUCCAGUGAGGGUACUCAAAAGUUGGACUUUGUUUAUGGUUCUGAGAAGCUGGACUACAUGUUUGCUUCUGAGAGUAGAGUGCCAGAGGUUUCUGUUUUGAGCGUGGACGGUUCGGUUGGGGUUGGUGGAGAAGAUGGAAGAGGAGGAAAGCCGGAAGAGGAAGGAAUAGAUGAAGAUUUGGAUGGGGAAGUAGACAGUACUGCUUCUGAGGGUAGAGUAUCAGAAGUUUCUUUUUUGAGUGUGGAUAGUUUGAUAGGGGUUGGUGGGGAAGACAUAAGAGAUGGAGGCGAAAGUGGAGAGGUAGAAAAAGAGGAAGACUAUGAUGGCAACAUUGUGACUCUUGCAUCUGAGAGUAGAGUUGCAGAAGCUGCCAAAUUGAGUGUGGAUGGCUCGGUAGGUCUUGGUGGGGAACAUGGAAGGGAAGGGAAAAACAAAGACAGUGAUGGGAAGAUUGUGACUCCUGCAUCUGAAAGUAGAGUUGCAGAAGCUGUUGAUUUUAUUGUGGAUGGUUUGGUAGGUCUUGGUGGGGAAGACAAAACAGAUAGAGAUGAAAUUGAAGGGAAAGUAAAAGAUGAAAACUAUGCUGCUGGGAACAUCAUGACUGUUACUUCUGAGAAUAAAGUAGCAGAAGCUGCUGUUUUGAGUAUGGAUGGUUUGGUAAGGGUUGGAGGGGAAGACAUUAGAAAUGGGGGGAGAAGGGAAGGGGUUGCAAAAGAUGAAGAUUGUGGUGGGAACAUUGUGACUAUAGAGGUUCCAGUUGCAGAGACAAGUGAGAACAUGGAUGUGGAUGUGGAGGACUCGAGUGUUGAAGGGUGUGGUUUUGUUGUUGGUGAUUUUGUUUGGGGUCAAGUUGAGAGCCAUCCUUCAUGGCCUGGCCUGAUUUAUGACCCAUCUGAUGCAUCUGACUUUGCAUUGAAGCUGAAACAAAAGAAUAAACUUCUGGUUGCCUACUUCGGGAAUGGAACCUUUGCAUGGUGUCAACCGUCACAACUAAAGCCUUUUCAGGAUAACUUUGAUGAUAUGGUUAAACAGAGUAGUUCCAUCGAUUUUGCCAAUGCUGUGCAAGAAGCUGCAACUGAGUUUGGAAGGCUUCUGUAUAUAAAGUUAAGUCGUCCAUUUGUUACUAAGAAAACUGGUCCAGAAUCCAGUCUCCCCUUGGCGAAAAAUUCUGGCAUCAAGGAAGGAGUUCUUGUGCCUGAAAAUGACAUAGAGAGACUUGAUUUUCUAAUUGAACCCGCAGAAUUACUUUCUAAUGUGAAACGAAUUUCGCAAUUUGUUGAGUUUGGUAGUAUUCUGGAGCUUGAGAUAUUAAAGGCUCAGCUUUCCGCAUUUUAUCUGUCAAAAGGGGGUUAUAAAUUAGCUGAUUAUAUGGAUCCCCAGCCGGUUCUUGGAGUUGAAGAUAGUGUAAUGGAUGAAACAGUUGCUGUAGUUAAUGGUAAAAGUACUGUGGAAGCACCUACCCAAGGGCCAUUUGAUGAACUGGGUCAUUCUCCAGGGCUUUCAGGGAGCAUAUCAAACCCUGUUAGAAAGCAGAAAAGCAUUGCUGAAAUUAUGGGGGAGGACAAAGAUGUUCAUACAGCAGCAAAUAGGGAGGUGGAUGCAACUGUUGAAAUGGUGAAUGCAAUUGGGUUAAAUGUUGGAAAGAAGAGAAAAGGUAGUGAGGAUAAUGGGAUGGCAUUGAAACCUGUUCAAAAGAGAAGAGAGUUGCUUGUAGACACUGAUGGAGAUGUGUUGAGUGCUAAAAACGAUGGCAAAGGUGAUGAGGAAAACAGCAACAUUGGCUCACUGCUUCAGUCAAUAGAGAAAAAGACAGAAGCUUUUGAUGAAGGGAAGAGUGAAGAACGAAAUGGGAAGGGUAAUUUGUCAAGAGAAAGGAAGAGAAGCAAGUACUUGUCCCCUCCUUUCACUAUUCCAAUCAGGGGGCAAAGGGAGGUAUACAUAGAACCAGAAUCCCUUAAAGUUUCCAGAAAAGCUAAAGUAUCACAGAGAAGUGCAGGGGCCGAUGGCCCGAGUUCUCUUCCAGUGUAUAAGGGGAGGUCUUUUGAUAGCUCAAAUUACCAAACACAAGAUGAUGGGGAAACGAUUAUUGAUCCAAAGAAAAUCCAGGCUCCUGUGAAGGAAGUCCUGUCUCAAGUCCUCGAUGCAGCUACUAGUCCACUAAUUCGUAGGGAAGGCACUUCUCUUGACCAAUUUGUUGACUUUACUUAUGCCUUCAGAAGUUCCUUAUAUAGCCAGGGAUCGUUAUGCGAAUUAUACAAGAAAAAUCAACCUGGAAGGAAGAGAAAGAUGCUGGAAUCUGAAGAAGAUGGAAUGUUGAAAGAACUAAAUCUGUCUGCUGAUGAACAUUUAUCAUCACUGAAGCAAAAUUCUGGGCCAAAGAAGAGAAGAAAGGAAACUGCUUCAGGCAAGAAGGGGAACGAUGAAAAUGCUGCAGGUGCUGUUCUUUUUGUUUCAUUUUGGCCAGGAUCCUCUAUGCCUUCAAGAUCUGAUCUUGUCUCGGUGUAUAGCAAGUUUGGAGCUCUGAAUGAAGCAGAAACUGAUAUGUUCCGCACUAACUACACAGCUAGAGUGUCCUUCCUUCGAACUUCUGAUGCCGAGAAUGCAUAUAACCAUUCCCAAAACAAUAACCCUUUUGGAUCUCCUACUGAUGUCACUUUUCAGCUUCAGUAUUCCUCUGAUGGAUCCAAGUCUGGUGUACAACAACAGGGUGAAAGAUCAAACAACAAGCCUUUGCCAGUAGCAGCUACAGAACCUGUUGCAUUCUCACAGGGUACUGAAGCAUCCAAAUUGAUCUUCAUACAGCAGAAGCUUCAAGGUAUGACUUUGAUGCUAGAAGAAGCAUCAGGUAGUGGCAAAUCUCCUGAUAUGAUGCCAAAGUUAGGGAGCGAGAUGAAGGCUCUUUUGGAGGAUGUUAACAAAAUGGUUGAAGCUUCUUUGUUUUAGAUAAAGAUUUCAUUGGAGACUAGUCAUUAUGCAGCAAUGAUUAGGGUAGGUUUAGUGAUAAUAUGCCCCCUUUUGUGGGGCUGUCGUUAUCUGGGGCUCUUUUUGUUUGACCUUUUGGCCUAGCUUUUUAAAGUUAGUUGGUAUAUUUUGAAUUGGGGUCAUGAUAUUAGGUACUUGACCAGAUAUUUAUAUUUUGAAUGCAUAGUUUUAUAGAUAUCAACAUCUUUAGACUA